AUGGUCACCAUCUGGAAGGAGGGCGAGGGCCCCGUCAUCACCACCAUCAAGUCCCUCUGGUCCGCCGCCAACCUCCCCGCUCCUCCCAAGGAAUAUGUCGAAUGGAUCCCUGGACAGAGCCCUCUUUCCACCCCGAAGGAGGUCUUCAUUGCUCUUGUCACCUACCUCGUCGUCAUCUUUGGUGGCCGUGAGCUCAUGCGCAACCGCGAACCCUUCAAGCUCAGGACGCUCUUCCGCAUCCACAACGCGUUCCUCUCUGCUGGAUCUCUUAUUCUCCUAAUCGUCAUGAUGGAGGAGGUUGCCGCCUUCUACUUGCGCCGUGGCUUCUACUACUCAAUCUGCCACCCCGCUGCAUUCACCCCCACGGCCGUCACGUACUACAUGAUCAACUACUACUUCAAGUACAUUGAGCUUAUCGACACCGUUUUCCUCUUCCUGAAGAAGAAGCCCCUUGCUUUCCUCCACGUCUUCCACCACUCGGCGACGGCUCUCCUCUGCUUCACCCAGCUUGAGGGCGAGACCUCGGUCCAGUGGGUCGUCAUUGGCAUCAACCUCCUCGUUCAUGUCAUCAUGUACUACUACUACUGGGCGACUGCCGGUGGCGCCAAGAUCUGGUGGAAGAAGUACCUCACCACCAUGCAGAUCACUCAGUUCGUGAUUGACCUCUUCAUCACCUACUACGCCACCACGAACCACUUCUUCUACAAGUACAACAUCAACCUCCCCUGGGUCAAGGACUGCACCGGCGGUGAGGGUGCUGCGCUCAUGGGCUGCGGUCUCCUCACCUCGUACCUCUUCCUCUUCAUCGCUUUCUACAAGGCGACUUACAAGAAGAAGGCUGCACUGGCCGCCACCAACGGUGUCAAGAAGACCAACUAA